GAAGCGCUUCAAGAGAACAUUAUUAUUAUGGUGGAGAGAUCGACGGCACCGGGAAUCAGACCAAGAAACGGCUCUAAAUCCACGGUAGAUUUACCGUCGAUAGACCAUCUGCAGUUAUUGUAACGAUCGAUUAUUUUAUUGUGACUGUUUUGACCGAGAAGCCAACACAAUUCCUACAUCAUCCGAUACUGCUUUGCUAAAAAAGUGACAGCUGUGGUCUUUCUGCAUGCAGCAAUAGGUUCCAUCGCCGCUAGGACGAGCCUGCGUCGACUGAGACAUUGUGAUAGGCUGGCUAUGGGAGAAGGAACCGGCUGCAUGCACCUCCGCCUCCCUCCUCCAGCGUCAGCAGCGAGGACGGUACCGCUCAGUGCCUGUAUCACCCGUUAACGGGAUGACGCAGUGAACCAAGCCUCCUCACGCACCGAACGCUGGAUUCCGCAUGAGGACUGAUUGAGUAGAAAUAGAGGGAGACAAGAGGUGAUGCUGAUCUAGUGAUGAGAAGGGAACGCCUAUUCAUUUUCCCGAUUGAUUUAUCAGGACCUUAACAGCCGACACGGGGUCUCUACCCGGGUUUCAACAACCAAUUAAUCCCCUCGCACGAGGGAGGACAUUUGUCAUUCCGAGGCGAUGGGAACCGCGCGUGGAUGCCGGACUGCGGUUUAAACGUGCACGUGUCUCUCUCUGAAAGCGCCGCUGUGAUGGAGCACGAAGAAAGUAGCGACGCGGAGGUUGCUGCCGAGCCCCUGCUGCACGGUAUUCACGCGCCCAAUCGGAUCAGGCCCUCGUCGUACCGGGCACUGCGGAGCGCCGUUUCCAGCCUGGCGCGCAUCGAUGACUUCGUAUGUGAGAAGAUCGGGUCAGGGUUCUUUUCAGAGGUCUUCAAGGUGCAGCACAGGAUGACAGGCCAGGUGAUGGCCCUAAAGAUGAACACUCUGGCCAGCAACAAGGCCAACAUGCUCAGGGAGGUCCAGCUCAUGAACCGGCUCUGCCACCCCAAUAUACUCGGGUUCCUGGGAGUGUGUGUACACGAGGGCCAACUCCAUGCUCUAACUGAGUACAUCAACGGGGGUAACCUGGAGCAGCUGCUGGACAGUGACAGGUAUCUGUCGUGGUCGGUGAGGAUGGGUCUGUCUCAGGACAUCUCCUGCGGCCUGCAGUACCUCCACAGCAAGGGCAUCUUCCACAGAGACCUCACCUCCAAGAACUGUCUGGUGCGCUGUGAGAAUGGUGUGUUCACUGCAGUAGUGGGAGACUUUGGUCUGGCAGAGAAGAUUCCAGACUACAGUGACGGGGCUGAUAAGCAGCCUCUGGCUGUGGUGGGCUCCCCCUACUGGAUGGCCCCGGAGGUGCUGAGAGGAGAGCUCUAUGAUGAAAAGGUGGAUGUGUUUGCUUAUGGAAUCAUCCUGUGUGAGAUCAUCGCCCGGAUAGAGGCUGAUCCAGACUUCCUACCUCGCACUGAGGACUUUGGCCUCGAUGUAGAUGCCUUUGAGAACCUGAUUGGUGACUGUCCAACACCAUUCCUCAACCUUGCAGUCCUCUGCUGCAAUAUGAAUGCAAAGAUACGUCCCUCAUUCUCUGAGAUAGUGGUCUUGCUGGAGGGGAUGGAGAGAGGAGAGGAGGAGAGGAAGACGGCCAUCCCUCUGGGCGAUUGUCUCUCCUCAAAACCCGCCACCGUCCACAUCAGCCCCUACCGACGACGGAGUUCCCUUUGUCGCCCCGGCGACCAGCAGUUGUCACGGAGCCAGUCUGAAAUGCUUCCCCAAACGACGCCCCCACUCGGCACCCCGGCCCGGGUCAACCCCUUCUCCCUGCGGCAGGACCUGAACGGGGGCCGCAUCAAGCUCUACGACACCCCCAGCAAGUCUGUCAUCUCCCUGACCUUCACCCUUCCCCAGCAGCCUGAAGCCUGCGCCUCUCCCCCCCUCAGGGGAAACCUCUUACUCCGCGGGCCCCCCCGACGCUGCCAGUCCCUUCCAUGCACCCCCGAGCCGGGGCGAACCCUCUCCCUCCUCCGGGACCCCGACCUGCAGCGCUUGGUGAAAGAGGAAGAAGAGGAGGGGGUAGAGGAGGUGGAGGAUAAAAGGAGGAAGGAGAAGGGUGGGAUGGUGGAGGAUGAAAGGAGGAAGGAGAAGGGAGGGAUGGUGGAGGAUGAAAAGAGGAUGGUGGAGGACGUGUCAGAUGAUUCAGGGCUGCCUCUGGACAUGGUGUCUCUGGGUCCUCUAGAAGAGGAAGAGGAGGAAGGUUUUUCUCUGGCGGAGGCUAUGGACUGCAGCAGGUCUCCUGACACACUAGAGGGCGCUGUUCCUACACCAGGGAGACUACACCCAGCCUCGUCCUCUUCCUCCCUGUUUCUGCAGCCUAACGGCUGGUGCCACCCAGUCUCCAAUGCCCCUUCCUCCCUCCCUCCUCUCCCUCAUCUGGACAACAACAACAUCUCGGCGAUGGUGGUCGUCGGCCAUCCGAUUGGCUGGAGGGCUAGUGGCUACCGCGCCGCAAUCCCGGGCCCCCCUGCUGGCCCCACCCCUGAACAAGAUGAGGUAAUUUCCUGUCCGGGAUGCUGUCUGAUUGGUCUGAGCUUUCCAUCCGUGUGCCUGAAGGGGGUGCCGACCCCUCGCCGCGUUCCACCCCGACGACCCUACCGGAACCUCAACGGGGGGGACAUCAGUGACCCUUCAGCUGCCACAGCAACCAAGGGACUGCUUUGUUGCGGGGUGAAUGGUAUCGCUCCUCCGAGCGCACCUUGCGUUCCUGGUCUGCCCCUACCUGAGGCACAGACUUAGGAAGGGCUCCCCCUAGUGGGCUGACUGACCAACAACAACAUCAACACCAGUGACAUUACUGAGACUUUGACUGGUACUGUUCAGUGAUGCUUUUACUAUUUAUUAUUACUAUUAGGAACUGAUGAUGUUGAUGAUUACUACUACUACCUGAAGUGUGUGUGUGUGUGUGUGUGUGUGUGUGUGUGUGUGUGUGUGUGUGUGUGUGUGUGUGUGUGUGUGUGUGUGUGUGUGUGUGUGAUUGAGUAGGUGGUGGGGACACUGGUGGUUGUAUUGGGAGUAAUAAGGGAGAAGCAGAAUAGGAAACCAGAAGUGGGUUAUUGAUGUGAGAUCUUAUAUAUUGGUUGUUGACCUGGAGCCAUUUGAUAACUGCAGUGUGUCACUGGUUUGUUCACUCACUUUCUACAAUCUGAAUCUUUCUAUUUGAUUCCUACUAAUGAUUCUUCACUGGUCUGGGUGGUGCUGGAGAUUUUGUAUUGAAUUCAAACAGGUGCUUCUUCUUCCCUCAAACCUCAGUGUUCUUCCCAUAACCCACUAUGAACCAGGUAUCCUCUCAGUGUGUGUAUGUGUGUUAACAGUUUGUGUAACUUUGAAACAGCAUGAAAAGCAAUUCUCCUAGCUUAUUUACGUAUUGUACUGAUUAUUUCACUCUAAGUUCUGUGUAUGUGUGUCAGAGGGAGAGAAAGCGCGUGUGUGUGUGUGACUGAAUGACUAAGGUUUGUCCCCUGAUGUCUGUUUUGAAAUGUUAGUGGUUUGUGUAAUCAUUUAAUAUAAAGUUAGUGAGGUGUACAUAAUCUUUACUAUAAUGUUUUUUGACACUAUUGAUGAGAAUCACUCCACUCUUGAUUUCAUAGGGCUGCUUGUUCCGUACCUGUUGAGGUUGACUGAGGGAUUUUGAAAUGGCACCCUAUUCCCUAUAUAGUGCACUACUUUUGACCAGGGCCCAUGUCUCCCUCUGCUGGCCUGGAGGACCCAGGCACACCAGGCCGUUGUGGCUCAGGCUGUGUCUCUUCCUUUCCUCAUAACUCUUUCCUUCUAGGAGAAGCCAUACAUGACCAGACCAGGGAAAAAUCCAGGCUUUAGUUAUAGACCUGGAGAUUUUUCCUAGUCGGGUCACUUAGUCAGUAAAAAGUCUCAGCCAUAUUCAUAUCAUAUCAACUGAUAUGAGGGACUUUAAAAGGUUUAUGACUAUAUGGCUAUAGCUAUUAACAUUCAUAACCAGUUUUAACCAGUUAAUCCAGCUAGUGAUCUGUAGGACAGGNUUUACAGAGUCUGGACAACUGUGUGCAUCAAUCUAAAGAAUUCCACUGUUCUGUCCCAUAUUGAUGAUGUCAUAAUGACAAUGGU